CUGAAAACGCCCCCAAUUUCCAGAACCUCGGGACGACUUCACACAGCCCAAUGCCAUGAAUGCCAACAAAGAGCAGCUGAUUCCGCCUUGAAGACAGCCACAAAAGCCUGAGAUGACUUCAAAUACCUACCCCUCCUCCCAUCUUAGGUUGAGUCGACCAUCACUCAACACUUUACGAUGCCUCGGGUUGUCCUACCAGAUCCUGCUGCGCUAAAUGAAAGCCUUCGCAACCCUCUUCCGACGUACUCAGCUGUCGACAAUGACGACCUUCUAACCAGAAUCGAAGCCGCCGGGAGCGUCGAAUUUCCUAUCCUACACUCCCCCGCCGGCCGCCCGACUAACCUCCAACGCCUUACCGCCGAUGUAGAUUGGGCAACUUACGAUGAAGCAUACCGAGUCGAAUCCGACAUCGUUAAUGCCUUCUUCUCCGCCAUCGAGGACGGUCACGACGAUAUUGUCGCCGAUUUUAUAGCCCGCGGAUGGGUGUCGCCCGAUACUACAAGUCGAUGGGGCGAAACACCGUUGAAUGCUGCUGUGCGCGCGGGCAAGGUUCCCAUGGUGAGCCGCCUCGUUGCUCUUGGUGCUAGCGUCAAUGAGUACGGUCGCGCACGGGAUGGCAGUAGCACCGUCAAGGCUGCAGACUUGCCUGAGCGUACGCCGUUGAUGGUCGCUGCUGAGCGCGGGCACCUCGCAUUAGUCAAAGUCUUGAUCGAAGACUACGGUGCGAAGCACGACCUCAUUGCGCCUGACGGGGCGAUCGCUCUUCGUCUCGCCGCUGCCAACCGCCAUCGCGAAAUCGUUCAUUAUCUCCCGUCCAUUCGCGGCGGCGCGUGGAAGCGAUGGGCGGUUGUACAUAAAAAGCAAAUGGACCGGGUGCGACGAGCUAUCGAUAGAAUCGUCAAGUUCGUCAGGAUACUCAUUUGGGAUCUCCCCAAGCUUUUGGUCUGGGAUGCGCCGAAGGAGAUAUGUCGCGCUGUUUGGAAACGUCGUCAUCGGGUAAAGACCUUUUUCAAAGAGUUGCCCGGCAAAGUCAAGGACGCGAUACUCGAGAUACCUAGUACCCUCAAACGCGCUGCAAAGGAGGUUUGGAAGGGCAUCAAGGAGCUUCCGUCGCUUUUGAAGAGCUUGGUCAAGGCGAUUUUCAAAGUAUUGUGGAAGAUCCUGACAGGCAUACCCGGCGCUGUAAUGUUUGUUCUAAGAUGGAUCGGAAGCGGAUUGAAGGGCAUCGGCGAAGCCAUCUUCAACAUUUUCGUUAAGAUGUUCUCCCUUCUACACACAGCAGUCAUGGCCGUAGUGACUUUCUUGCGCGGGAUCACUCUUCGGGAUGUAUGGAAUGGCUUCUGCCAUCUCGUACGCGCCAUCUUCGUGGACGCGCCCAAAGCAAUUGGCGCAUUCUUCGUGGCCUUUGGCAGAACGAGUUACGAUGUGCUCAAAGCAAUCUUUGGCACUUUAGGUUCCUGUAUCUGGUUUAUCGGCGCGGGUCUCCUCUGGUUGAUCCAUUAUAUUCCACGUCGGAUAUGGACCAUGAUUGAGGCGAUGGGGACGUCUUUGGUCAAGGCCUGGGAGGAGAUUAUGGUGUUUGUUAAUCCUAAGCGAAUGUGAUCCGUUAGUCAUAGGUUCAAAUUAUGAUUAAAUGAUAUUCAUCAAUUAAAUGCUGAAUUGAGCGACAUCGACUGCCAACACCAGAAGAUAGAGGAUGUAAUGCGCUCCCUUCCA